UACAGUAGCGAGGGAUCUCCGCAUCCCGCUCUCUUAUGCCGUCGUCUAGCGUGUCAUCGUUGAUACCGUUUUCGUUGCUGCAAGUGUUGAAUGGACCCUGCCGCCGGGGAAGGCAAUUCCAACACUACGGCUGGCAGGCUGCUAGGUCGCCCGUUCAGACGCUUUCGACGGACUCGACGACCAUGUGCAUGUCACUGGGAACUGACUUGAUCAGCGACAUGGGAGGCAACUGUCCCACGUCAAUGACCGAACUCUUGCCCGGCAUUCUAUCAAGAUGCCUUGACUAAGCGGGGCAGGUUUUGAGAUGUACAACAUGCCUCCUUUGAGAUUUCCAUCCAACUCGCCGGUAUCCCGGUGAUGCCAUGAUCGGCAACGUCCCUUGAACAGCUGCAUCAUACAAUAACCAAGAGAAGAAGUCUGAUUUGACAGGCGAUCGAGCAUCAUCAGCAGGGAAGACGCUCAAGUUAGUCGUUUUUGU